GUUUGGCUUCUUUUUGCUCUUGAUGUUGAUGUAAUUAAUGCCUUCCUAUUGCUAUUUCAGUGGCGAACGGAAGAUGAUUCCUCUGGGUCGUUUGUUCACACGGACGGUUCCGUCUUUCCUGAGUCUCUUGGAGAUGUUCAGUUUGUCGUCAACACCUUGGAACCUGGAGGAAAGGCCGCAGCAACGGCGCUGACACAGGCAGGUUGCACAAAGCUGGCGCGGGUGUCAUCCUUCCAGGAGGUACGUCAGGUGCUCAGUGGCCUGGUUUCGUGGGUACAGAUGCAUCACGUAGAGGACGGAGGUAGAGAGAUCCGCUUCUGCGUGGUAGGCGGUGACGCUCUUCUCAACUCCGUCCUCCGGGCUUUCGUUGAAGUGGCAGGCGCGCGUUCUGAAGCUGUUGCUGCCGCUUUUCGCUUCUUCCUUGUUCCUGUCUCAGGCCUCCUCCCACCCCCUUCUUUGCGGCAACAGCAACAACAGCACGCUGCCUGUCGUCAUCGGAGGUCCAGUUCUUCCACUCUGCCGCCACUGUCGCCACUCUCUUCCGACCUCGUCCGGCCUACCUAUCCGGGCUCUCCAUCAAUUUCACGGGAGUCGCAUCCUCCUUCAGCCCUCCCACCCCUCUCAAACCUCAUUGCCCAGCGUCUCUGCACCCUCGACCCGUGCUACGCACGUCUCUUCUGCCACUUAGCCGUUGGCGAGGGUGUAAGUGAAGCAGAUGCCACCGCAACCACUCCCACUCCAGUUCGAGGCAGACGGAUAUCGAUGGAGGAUGGUAGUGUGGAGGGUGAAUUUGUACGUCGAGUGGUGGCCUACCUCAGCACUGCCGAUUGUCUCCUACCCUUGCCGAUUGGCGAGUGUCUAGUGGCAGGAGUAAGGAACAAUCUACCUGUGUUAGGCAGUGGUGGAGCCUUUACUACUACUGGUGCCGCUGCUUCUGCUCCACCUGCCUUCAAUCCGCCCCUUCCAAUGGGAACUGCUAGCGUAGGUUAG